AUGGUUAAGAAAGACGACGAAGUUAGUGUUUCCUCGGAAACCAAGGGACCUUUGAAAAGCUUCCAAGCAUUGAUGGGCGAAGGUGAAAAGUUUUCUCGAGAUAAACUUUAUAUUAAAGCUAUUCAAUCUUACACCGAGGCACUCGAUCUUUUGCCACAAGAUGAUGAUAAAUCGACUGCGAAAGAUAUUAAUGAUCGAUUGAACGGUUUAGUAGCUCGAUCAGCGUGUUAUCUGAAGAUUGGCAAGAAUAACUUGGCAUUACAAGAUGCUGAAGAAUCGUUGAAAAGCAAUAAAGAAUUUACCAGAGGUUUGUAUCAGAAAGCAGAGGCGCUGUACGCGAUGGGUGAAUUCGAAUUAGCAUUGAUGUUUUAUCAUCGUGGUAAAAAACUUCGUUCCGAUUUACGAGAAUUCCAAUUGGGUAUCAACAAAGCACAAGAAGCAAUUGACAAUUCCGUCGGAGACCCAAACCGUGUGAAACUUGAAGCUAGUGGCGAUUUGUCGAUCUUCUACAAGAACGACGAGGUAAAUUUUUCAAUUAGACAUGACCAUAUCUUUGCACAUUUGCAUGACAUUUCACAGGAUGAAACGAAAAAGAAAAAGAAACAACCAAUUGGUUAUGUCCGAGCAUCACAGAAAAAAGAUACGACUGUUCAGCGAAAACCGCAUCCACCGCCAGCGAAUCCGCGAACAACAAAACAACUCUUAGGUGAUUUAUACGAAGAUCGUGUUUUUCUCGAUAAAAUUAUCAAUAACACAACCGUAACAAAACCAAACACGAGAUCUGGUGAUGCCAUUUACCAGUUAGCAUCGGAUGGUAUCGAUUAUUUGGAUGGUCGAACACAUUUCUGGCGUCAACAAGAACCACUCUAUGCUCGUAAAUCGCUCAAAAAAGCAGACAACAAUGAUGAAACAUACAAAUACGUUCAUCGUGAACUUGAAGCAAUUGAUGAAUUGCAAAACAUGGACCAAUUUGUUGAUGCUCGCCGUCGUGCACAACGAUUACUUGAAUUCUGCGAGCGCUUAGACGAACGCAAAUUUCCCGAAAAACAACCAGUCAUUGCCGAUGUUUAUUCACGUCUAGGCAAUGCCUACUUAGAAUUGGGUGAUUAUAACAAAGCAUUAGAUUAUCAUUUCCGAGAUCUCACAUACGCCGAAUCGAAACACGAUACCGAUCGAUCGUCACGAGCAUUGGACAAUUUAGGACGCGUCUAUGCUCGUAGUGGACAAUUCGCACAAGCUAUUCAAGUUUGGGAACGAAAGAUUCCAUUAGCAUCAUCUCCGUUAGAGAAAGCAUGGCUAUUUCAUGAAAUCGGCCAAUGUCAUUUUGGACUUGGUGAUUAUGAACGUGCGAAACGAUAUGGUGAACGAUCUUAUGUUGAAGCUGUUGCCGCCAAUGAUCCAAUUUGGCAAUUGAAUGCUAAAGUUCUUGUUGCACAUAGUGAAACCAAACUACGACAAUAUCGUGACGCGGAGAAAACAUUUGAAGAAGCUUUGGAACUUGCACGGGAUCAACAUGACAUGGCUGCCGAAAGAGCUAUCGAACGUGCAUUGAAAGAUGUUCGAGAUCAAAUUGCUAAAGGCGCUGCUGAUUCUCCACCUGAUCGUGCAGAAACAAUGUAUGACAUCAAAGUUAAUAGUGAUGAACCCAUCGAAUAUGCUGAUGAUAAGGAAGGUUUGAUCAAACUAACCAUCUUUGGAGAUAAUGGAAGCUCAGGUUCAAUUGACCUACGUGGUAAUGAAAAUGAUCCAAAGAAAUACGAUGGAUAUACAACAACAUUGAAAAAGAAAGCGUACGAUGCCGGAAAAUUAACGAAAUUAGCAUUGACAUGUACAAAGAUCGGAUCAUGGCCGCUUGAUUCAAUUGAAAUCUCAGAUAGUAAACGAAAAACUAAACAAAAAUUCUUAUUGGCUGAUUCGAUUGAAUCAACAACAACUGUUAUCGACUUGUUCCCUGAAGGAUCAAUCGUCGAAUUUCCAUUCGAUACGCGAAAGAAUAAGAAGAAAGGUAAACCAAAACCAGUUCAAAGUGACAGACAACCUUCCGCAGCACGACAAGCCGAUUCACCAAAACCAGUUCAAUACACAGUCACAACUAAAACUGGCUCAGCUUUGGGAUCUGGCACUGAUGCCAAUGUAUUCAUUACUCUCAAUGGUGAUAAGAACAAAAUUGAUCGACAUCGAUUGGGAACGCCAGAAUCGAACCGAAAUCCAUUCGAAAAAGGCUCAAAAGAUGACUUCAAAUUCGAAGAUACCGAUAUUGGCAAAUUGAAAACUAUUGUUAUCGAACACGAUAACUCGGGUAUGGCAUCUGGCUGGUUCUUAGAUUCAGUUGAAGUCAAAUACAAUGGCAAUACUUACAAAUUUCCUGUUGGACGUUGGCUCGAUUCAGAUGAAGGAGACAAACGUAUUAGUCUCGAACUUGAACCGAACAAGAAACCUGCAUCAAAGAUCGCCUCAGAAUUAGAAGAUAACCAAGAAGAAUCGCGUUCUUCUAUUUCGCCACCUAAUGAAACGAAGGCGAGACCAUCUUCUACCGAAAAAGUUGAUUAUGAUGACUUUUUCGAUGAUGAUAAGGAUGAUGAUGAUUCCCAUGCACCAAAUGCUGUCGAUUAUGAAGUCACUGUGAAAACAGGCGAUAAACGCGGAGCAGGAACUGAUGCAAAUGUCUAUUUGAGUAUGUUCGGCGAUAAGACCAACUCAGAACGUCAUGAGCUGAAAGAAACCACGGAUCGUACCAUAAAUCGAUUUGAAAAAGGCGCAACAAAUCGCUUCAAAAUUCAAGGAGCUGAUGUUGGAAAGAUUAAAACAAUUCGUAUUGAACAUGAUGGUACUGGAAUCGGUGCAGGUUGGUAUCUCGAUUCCAUCGAAAUUCAUCAUGUUCCACGCAAUGAAACUUACAUGUUUCCUGUUGAUCGUUGGCUGGAUACAGGUGAAGGUGAUAAACGAAUUUCACUCGAUCUUGAACCAGACAAAAAACCUGGACAAGCUAAAGAUAGCAAAACUCCUGAUCCUAAAGCAUCUGAAACAUCAAGCACAACAGAUACAAGCAAAAAGACAGCGAAACCCGAUGAUCAAUCCACGUCGAAAAAACCAACUCAAUACUUAGUCACCGUUAAAACUGGCUCACCUAUGGGAUCUGGUACUGAUGCCAAUGUAUUCAUUACUCUCAAUGGUGAUAAACAACGAAUCGUUCGACGUCCAUUGGAAAAACCCGACUCUGGUCGAAAUCCAUUUGAAAGAAACUCCAAGGACGACUUUAAAUUCGAGGAUACUGACGUUGGUCAAUUGAAAACCAUCGUUCUCGAACAUGACAACACAGGUCUCGCUUCUGGUUGGUAUUGUGAUUUUGUCGAAGUGAAAUACAAUGGCAACACUGUCAAAUUUCCUGUUGGACGUUGGCUCGAUUCAGAUGAAGGUGACAAACGUAUUAGUCUUGAACUUGAACCCAACAAGAAGCCCUCAGCCAAUACGACAACAGAUGAUUCACACGCACCGGAUGCUGUUGACUACGAGGUAACAGUGAAAACAGCGAAGAAAAAAGGAGCAGGCACAGAUGCCAAUGUAUAUCUGGGCAUGUAUGGUGACAAGACCAAGACAGAACGACAUCAGUUAAAAGAAUCAAUAGAAAAAAGUCGAAAUCUCUUCGAAUCGGGCGCUACAAAUCGCUUUAAAAUACAUGCAGCAGAUGUUGGCAAAAUUAAAUCUAUUCGUAUCGAACAUGAUGGUACUGGAAUUGGCGCUGGUUGGUAUCCCGAAUCGAUCGAAAUUCGUCAUAUCCCACAUAACGAAACCUACUUCUUCCUAAUUGAUCGUUGGUUAGAUUCAGGUGAAGGUGACAAAAGAAUUUCAAUCGAUGUUGACGCAUCUCAAAAGCCUGGGCAAUCCAGUGACAGUAAAUCACCAGAUCCAGCCCCAACCAAAAAAGAAGCCACUCCAGCUAAGAGCGAACCAGCUCCAACUAAGACUGAACCAGCUCCAGCUAAGAGUGAACCAGCUCCAAAAGCAACCACAACAACUCAAGCUCCUUCUGAUCCUAAUAAAAAAACUAAGUAUACAGUUACAACGAAAACAGGUUCCGCAUUGGGCGCAGGCACUGAUGCCAAUGUUUACAUCACUCUCAACGGUGAUAAGAACAAAGUCGUUCGACAAUCACUGGAGAAACCUGAAGACGGUUGGAAUCCAUUUGAACGAAAUGGGAAAGACGAUUUUGUUUUCAACGAAGUCGAUAUCGGUCAAUUGAAAACUAUCAUUAUCGAACAUGAUGGUACUGGUUCGGGUGCCGGAUGGUUUUGCGAUUUUGUUGAAGUAAAAUACAAUGGCAAUACUAUCAAAUUCCCUGUUGGACGAUGGCUUGAUGUAGAUGAAGGUGACAAACGUAUCAGUCUCGAACUUGAACCAAAUAAGAAACCUCCAGCAAAAAUCAUAACCGAUACUUCGAAAGCUGGUAAUAAUGUCGAAUACGAAGUGACAGUGAAAACAGCGAAAAAGAGCGGAGCAGGAACGGAUGCAAAUGUCUACCUGGGCAUAUUUGGUGAACAAGGCAAAGUGGAAAGACAACAAUUGAAAGAACCCAUGGAUAAAAGUCGAAAUCUAUUCGAAUCGGGAGCCACAAAUCGUUUUAAAAUUAAUGCGCCAGAUGUUGGAAAGAUCACAACUAUUCGACUCGAACACGAUGGUACCGGACUUGGUGCCGGUUGGUAUGUGGAUUCCGUUGAAGUUCGCCAUGUUUCACACAAUGAAACUUACAAAUUCCCUAUUGAUCGUUGGUUGGACGCUGGUGAAGGUGACAAACGAAUUUCACUUGAUCUUGAACCAAACAAAAAACCUGGACAACUGAAAUGUAAGAAUUAG